CGUUUUUCUGAAGUCGAACCGCUCAAGGUCGCUGCUGGCUGUUCCACAUUGCAUAUCUUAUUUGCCUUGUCGUAAACACUCGGGGCUCGUUGCGCUUACGCGUCUUUUGUGCUUUAGAAUCGUACAUUAUUGCAUAGUCGUCCUGCAAAGCUGGUUUUCGCAACCCAACGUACCUUCAACGGCAAUAUGAAUCGUCGUUUACAAAAUCAAAGGUCCACAGAGGCGCCCAUGGACUUUCAGUUCACAUCCCGCCCUAGUAGCACUGUAAGGCCCGUAUGGGCCACGUCUGACGCUGAUCCCAACACGCCUCGCAAACGCCCUUUUGGUGACCUAAAUCCAUCAACACCAUCAUUUCCAGCACCUCCGAACACCCCUAUCUUUGGUGAAAAUCGAAACGUCCCUUUCAUUUUCCAGACACCUGCGCCCCAGCCACCAGCCGCACAUCCCUGGGAACCACCGUCAGACUUUUCGCCUCAGAAGGCCUUUCCCGCACAGGAGGAGCUGAAAGAUAUUGAUAUGUCCGAGCUAAGUCCCGACAAGGCCGAGGAGAAGGAGGGAGAAGGAGGGAGGGCAGUGGCUACCGGAGCGCUAAGAAGGGUAUUCAAGUCGCGGCAGAAGGCUCGUGACAAAGGUCAUCUGGCUGUAAUACGGCAUUCAAACAAUGACCCAAGAGAUAGUGAAGAAAGUGACAGCGAGGAACAUGGUAGUCGCGCUGCUGUCUCCACUCAGAGUACGUCAAAUCAUUAUACGCUUAACAUGCCCUCGGUUCCGCUUCCCCACUCGGAUACGCCGUACAUAUUACUGGGCUACCUUCAAUUCUUCUUCAAUCUGUCUUUGGUCCUCGUCUUCCUAUAUCUGGUGCUUCAAUUCAUUCUCACGGUGCAACGGGAUGUUGAACAGCGGAUCUCUGAGUAUUCUAUGGACAUCGUGCAAGAAAUUGCCAUGUGCGCUUCGCAAUACAAAGACAAUUUAUGUGCUUCCAACCCUGUCCCUGCCAUGCUGAAACAAUGCGCUACGUGGGGGACAUGUAUGAACCGCGAUCCCACUGUCGUCGGACGAGCCAGAGUUGGGGCCGAGUUGAUCGCCGAGGUGGUGAACGGCUUUGUAGAACCAAUCAGUUGGAAAACACUGGCGUUUACGCUAACGUCUUUGUCGUUCCUAACCGUCUUUGUCAACACACUCCUAUCACUCUAUCGUUCACGACAUCAAGCUGCUUCCCAUCCUCAUCCGCCGUAUCCCGUGGCCCCUUUCCCCCAACAAAUUGAGGGAUAUCGACCUUCGGGUCCUGCGCAGUGGAAUCGAGUACGGCACGGGAAUGAUGACAGGAAUGCAGAAGAAGCUCCCCGUAGGAGGCGUCUAGAAGGGGGGCAAGCGGCUAAAAUCAAGUCAUGAUGAUUCAAAGAUGAAUGUUGAAAUGGAUAAAAGAUUCAAUGGAUAAAGAAAAAUUAAACUCAAUUUUAACGAAUGCAGACAUGACAUUAUGAUCUAAAAUCAAUCACUCUAAAGGGCCAAGCGGAUGACGAGCUUGAAUUUAUAGCUUUACGGGCAACAGAUAGUAAGCGGACAUAGAUGGUUAUUGAGAUAUAAAUAUAUACGUUAUGAUGUAGAUAAACUAUAACUCGCUUUGUACUAUGUCGGUUUAUUGUGUCUUGUGGAUACCUUGCUUCAGUAUACCCCAGGCCAAAUUCAAUCACAACCGCAUGUGUCAU